CUAUGGCAUUCAUAACCCCGCCUACUCGCCUUCUUGAAUAGUGCUGGCUGGAAUUUGAUGUAAUGAAGAUCUCAGAAACUCAGACUGUAUCAUUAUCUGAGGAAGUGACCAUCAAAGAGCCCUAUGAACCUCUCGGAUCUUUCAUCGCCAAAGUUCUUAUCCACAGAUCUGGAAAAUUCUACUAUCCAGAAACAAAAAAACGAACUGCAGUUGCUGAUUGCUGAGCUUAAGGAUCGAGAUAAAGAGCUCAAUGAUAUUGUUUCACUGCAACAAAGGCAGCUGCUUGCUUGGCAAAAUGAUCGACAAAAAAUUCUUACACUGGAGCAAAAGUGUGCCAGACUAGAAAAUGAUCUGCAGAAAAGGAACAACGUAAUCAAAUCAUUAACCAAAAGGAUAAAUGUUCUGGAAGGUCAACACCAGGAUCGCAGGACAAAUUUGGAAAACACCCAGCAGCAACUUCAGGACAUUUCUCUCAUAGCAACAGAAGCCAAAAAUCAUUGCCAGGACUUGGAGGGUAAAAAUCGACGCUUGAGCGAAUCGGUCUUGAAGUUAUCAGCACAAGUUGGGCAACUACAGGCCCAAGAAGAAGAGCUUUCCACUUUAUUAAAGUUGAAGGAUAAAGACAUCACAGAAGCAACUGAACACAUUGGAGAGUUUACAUCUCGAUUUAGGGAUUUAGAGGCAGAAUUACGCAAGACCCGACAUAGGGAAACUACGCUUAUGAGGGAAGCAAGAGAUCUCGCUCCCAAGCUAAAAGGGCUGAAGACUGAAGUUUAUAAGCUAAAAGAUGACCUGAGCCAGAAGACAGUGGAAAACAAUGAGCAGAGGGAAGAUAUCAUCCGCCUAAAACAGGAAGGUGUCUACUUACAGGCUGAACUGGUCUUUGCAGCUGAAAGAGAAAAGCGAAAAGAUCAACUUCUUCAGUUGGCAAAAUCAAAACAAGACAGAGCAGACAUAGAGCUGCAAAACCUGCGGCAGAUUUACAUGAAGCAGCACCAUGAUUUACAAUUUCUUCAUCUGAAUUUGGAAUCCAAUGAGAAAACACAGACAGACGCAGAUGCCAGCAGUGGUCCAUUGAACCUCAGUUCUUUGGUCUCUGAUGAAAGAGAGGAGUUCAUUGGAAACCCUCAAAGCGUCCAUUACAACAUCUUAUCAGACCUAAAGGCUCCAUUGAUGCAGUCAAGCCUUAAAGACUCAGGACCUUUGAAAUGGCAACAAAAUAUGUGCUCACCAACUAUGAAACUGCAGCGUUUGUUAGUGGAGUCUCGACAGCUUGUUGCAGAUAUUGAGCUUGGUAGUCUGCUUUCUACCCCAUACUGUAACUCCAGCCAGCUGUAUAAAGCAGAACGCCCACACCAAGCAAAUAUCCAAGAGACGGACUGUAUUGUCACUAAACAUAAGAAUUCUGAUAGCACAUGACUUCGACCUUUUACUUUACUCCUAUUGUUAAACACUCGCACUCUUGUGAUGAAUGAAGAAACUUGUCACAUUGGGUAUUAUUCAUAUGUGUCACCAUAGAGUCUUUUAUUUGUACAAAAGAUUGCAGCGGAGAUGUUGUACUAUUCUUACGGUUCUUAAGCAUAUAUCAAUCCUUUAUUAAACAUUUUGUAUUCUUUAUGUACAACCCAUUAUUACUGCUAUAUUGUAACAUUUUACCUGUUUAAACCGAACCAAAGGCCAGUAUUAAAAAAAAAAAUAUUAUGAAAUGCAA